AUGCUGUCCAAUCCGCCGACGAGUAUUCAGGCCAGGCAGAGGCAACAUCGCCGCCAAAACUCCACACCCUCUGCCUUCGAAGGAAUGAAUAUCUCACAACUGCCCAAUGCCAUCAGCAGACGGCAAACUGUGGCCCAUCGCCGUGGCUUAAGCCUCGACACUAGACGACAACCGACGACAGAACAGACAGCACGGCUGGAACUAGACAAGGUAAGAAUGACUACUAACAACACAGGAUUAGCAAUCACCUCGCAGCAUUCCGUUUCGCGAGAAGCGCAGCAGCAACGCACUCAAGCACGCCCGGGCCCCCAUCAACUGCAAUAUGUCUCCAUGGCAUCAACAGACAGUGACAACUUCUUGAUCUCGCCGCAUGCCACUCCUCAAACACAACGUUUUGACGCAGCGUGUUUCGACGGCAUCCCCGUCGCGUUCCCCUAUGGAGCGCAUUGGAACAUGAUGUUGCAGAAAAACCAGGAGAACUUUGCCAACAAUAUGGCGGCAGAGAGCAAGAACUUUGAUCCUUACUCCAACGACAGUGCUCUAUCGACUCCUAAUUUCGACGGCCCAACUGGCCAGGCUUGGCCAGCAGGUGAUGUUGCCUCUCGACGCAACUCGAAGCGAAUUAGCGAUGGCAUCAUGGAUCGUGUGAGCAAGUUUGAGAGUAUGAGCAUGGAUGAUUUUCAAAGACCUACAACACCUCCAAGCCAGAAUGGAAACGACCGUUUUCCCCCAACUCCAUUGGACACUCCGCAUGACCGCACCGGCAAGCAGGGAACACGUCCAGAGAGAUUUUCUGACGAGUUUGAUGAAUCAAUGGAGGAGACCAUCAGACCAAACCGCAAGAAUCGCUCUGCGCAGAACGCACAAUCCGCCUUUGCGGAAAUGAGACGGCAAACCGAAGGGUGGGCUCCGGUGCCUAGCCCCCCUGAGACUAGCACGAUACCCAACUGCAAGACUUUCAACAGCCUCCAAAUGCAAGACGCAGACUUUAUGAACAUGAAGGCUCUGCGGAACGAAUUCGCCGAGCUGGAGGAUCCACCCGAUGUUUUGAAGUACGAGUCAGACGUCGGUCAAUCUGCAUCAGAUUUCUCUCGGCGCCCAUCUCCCGAGCCGCAGAACGUUGGGCGACUCGACGGUGCUGCAUUUGAGGGUGGACGAGACUUUCGCCCCAGCCUGAAAUCCGCUUCUUCAGCUUCAUCACGCACAGGUUCUCUCCAUCGUCGCACCGACUCCGUAGCCAGCAUUGCCAGCGCUGCUAGCAUCGCCGACAUUAACAUCGACGAGGCUCGUACGGACACAGGUGUUACUUUGGAAGAGAUUUCGCAGUACAUUCUCGGCCCUGAAGCUACCGACGGCAAGUGGACUUGUCUGUUUGAAGAGUGCGGCAAGAAGUUUGGGAGAAAGGAGAAUAUCAAGUCCCACGUUCAGACCCAUCUCAAUGACAGACAGUACCAGUGUCCAACAUGUCUCAAGUGCUUUGUCCGCCAGCAUGACCUGAAGAGACACGCCAAGAUUCAUACAGGUGUCAAGCCAUAUCCCUGCGAAUGUGGCAACAGCUUUGCUCGCCACGACGCCCUGACGAGACAUCGUCAACGAGGCAUGUGCAUCGGCGCUUUUGACGGUGUGGUCCGCAAAGUGGUCAAGCGUGGCCGACCCAGGAAGAACCGCCCAGAUAUGGAGACCCGAACAGACAAGUCUGCAAGAACGAGAAGGAAGAACAUGUCGAUAAGCUCCCUCUCGUCUUUUUCCGGGUACUCCGACAGCUCUGCAGUCAACUCCCCUGACAACGGAUUCGACUUGAUGGACGACAUGAUGGAUUUAGAGGUGGCCAGCAGCAGCAUAACCCGCGGCAUGGGGUCAAUGUCAACGGCCCCUAUGCCCACCUUGACACCCCGAGACAUGAAGCAUCACCAUGUCACCCCAUCACCGUCCGUUGUCAGCGUGCAAUCUUUUGUAGCCCCCGAGGCCAUGACGGACAGCCAACCGCCUCAAUCCGCCACGCCCGCCAGGAGCGUCGCCAGCCACUACAACACACCUCCUGAGCUGUCCCAGUCAUCGUCGCCGCCACCAGGACAGUUCUUCGACCUGGAAGCUAGCAGUGCCACGGGCGCAAAUGACCUGGCAGUCAUAGCAUCCACCGGCGGUUUGAUGGGCUCGUCUGACUUGAGCGGAACUCUAACCAUCGCUCUUGGCGACCAAGAUGAUUUGCUCCUUCAAUUCGGCCAGCAUGACGGACUUGUCCACCUGGAUCGGGACCCAAGCAUGCUCCUGAUGAACAAGUUCGAUGACGACUUUGAGGACACUGUCAGCAUGUUCACCAACAGCGAUGACAUGUUUUUCGGCUGUACAUGA